AUGCGGUCUUUUAUCCUCUCGUUUUCCCUCGCAGCCUCCGUUGCAUUUGGCGCUCUGGCUUCGAGCCCUUCUGAUCUCAAGAUCGACGUGACUCUACCGGUGGAGUGCGAUCGAAAGACCCAAAAGGGCGACACCAUCCAGGUACAUUACCGGGGUACUCUUGCUUCCAACGGAAAUAAAUUCGAUGCUAGCUAUGACCGCGGCACUCCCUUCAGCUUUAGACUCGGGGGCGGUCAGGUCAUUCAGGGAUGGGAUCAAGGGCUUUUGGAUAUGUGCAUUGGCGAGAAGAGAACCUUGACCGUCCCCCCAGAGCUGGGAUACGGGAAUCGAGGCAUGGGCCCCAUACCAGCUGGAUCUACGCUCGUAUUCGAGACGGAACUCGUGGGCAUUAAAGGCGUCCCUCAACCCGAGUCGAUUGUCACGAAGGCUACAGACGCCACGGGUACGCCCGCCAGCGACGCGACAGAGGAAGCCUCCUCCGCCGAGGUGGAAAAGCAGUCGAAGGUGAACAGAGUUGAGGAGACCACCGAGGGUGCUGGUGCUGCAACUGGCACCGCUAACGGCGCACAGGAACGCGAUGAGCUCUAG